AUGGGGAAAGGGGGAAAUCCUUUUCUGGGAGGGCCUUCGUUGAAGUACAAUGUUGCUGCUGUUGGAGAUGCUUCGAAAAUAUGUGCACCGAUGACUACUAAACCGUUAUCAUCGUUUCGUAUCUAUGAAGACUACCUGCAUAAGCACUCAAACGUUCCGUUGUCGAUACCAGUAGAGAGUGUGCCAUUGCAUAGUUCCAGUUGCCAACCAACGUGGGUCAAUAAUGGAAUUCCCAGUACAGUCGUAGGGGGUACAGUGCCAGCUAGUGUAUCCAGCAGUCUAGUACAUACGGCUCCGUCGGCGCCAACCACAUUCAGCAUACCAGUUGUCCAAGCAGUUUCAGACCUAAGGCCUACGAUUGUUCCCCCGAGCGGUGGAAUACAACAACCACAACAAUCGACUACUCCAACCCGAAGUGGACCGUCCGGCGAACAAUUGGCUGCCCGACAAGUGAUGCCAAGAGAACUUCCAAUCUUUUCGGGCGACCCACAGGAUUGGCCCCUAUUUCAUAGUUCGUUUAACAACACUACUGAAGCUUGUGGGUACAGCGAUGCAGAGAAUUUGGCGAGAUUACAGCGUUGCUUGAAGAGACUGUACCGCCGUCCGGGAAUCCUGAUUAAUUCUCUUCUGCAUAAACUGCGGGCCGUUCCAUCUCCGAAAACUGAAAAUCUGCAAUCACAGAUAACAUUCGGUCUGGCGGUGCAAAAUGUAGUAGAUCACAUGACUAUUGCCAAUCUCGGGGACCAUCUUUGGAAUCCUACGUUGCUUCACGAGCUCGUAGAAAAGUUACCAUCGCAACUUAAAAUGCAGUGGUCGUAUUUCAAGAACCGGUACACCUGUACAAAUCUGGCGGUAUUCAGCGCAUUCAUGGCAGAGCUGGUGGUUAUGGCUUCCGAUGUUACACUUCCAUUGGAAGCUAUAAGUUUGAAUACCAAGAACCAGAAACCGGUUAAAGAUAAACCGAAAUUAUUCGUACACUCGGAUGAUCCACCGGAACGGAAACUGCAAGAAAAGGAAUCUGCUUCAAGUGUCUUGGCGAAGAAAACAUGCGUAUACUGCGACAACGCAAACCAUGAAAUCGCGCAGUGUAGGCUAUUCAAAGCGCUCGAUAUCGACGGCAAAUGUAAAGCGGUAAAGCAUAAAAACCUCUGUAGAAGUUGCCUGGUACCGCAUCGAAAGUGGCCAUGUCGCACGAAAAAAGAGUGCGGUGUAGACGGUUGCAGGAUCCAUCAUCACACUCUUUUGCAUUCAUCAAGGAGCACAUCGCUGACAACCGCAGAAAUGCGUACUAUGGGUUCAACCGGGAAUGCAUCGAACGUAGUGCAUCAGAAUCUUCAUUGUGCGAUGCCGUACUCCUUGUUCCGAUAUCUGCCGGUAACUAUACAAGGUAAUGGCCAGCAAAUCCGUACCUAUGCCUUUUUGGAUGACGGGUCUUCAUCAACCCUUCUCGAAUCUAACAUCGCUUCGGCACUUGGCAUCACGGGGAUAACUGACAACCUCUGUUUGAGUUGGACAGGAAACAUUUCGAGGGAAGAAAAAGAAUCACAACGUGUCAGCCUUAUUAUCUGCGGCGGGGGUAAAAAGUUUAAACUACACAACGUAAGAACAGUGCAAGAGCUCCGAUUACCCACACAGACGUUGUGCUACGAAGAUCUGCAACGUUCUUUCCAUCAUCUGAAAGGUCUUCCUAUUCACAGUUAUACAGAUGCGACACCGGGGAUCAUCAUCGGCAUAGAACACGUCCGUCUUCUCACGGCUCAGAGAGUGCGCGAAGGAAGAGAUAACGACCCGGUCGCGAUGAAAACACGUCUCGGGUGGUGUGUGUUCGGGAAAAACUCCGACAACACUGCAACAAUAGAGCAGCUGAAUCUUCAUCAUGACACGCAGGCAGGGAACCGAGAGCUUCACCAAUGGAUGCAACAGUUCUUCGCACUGGAGGAGUCAAGCGUGGUAGUUGUACCAGAAUCUGAAGAUGAAAAACGAGCGCGACAAAUAAUGGAAACGACCACUCGGCGUGUGAAUGGGGCUUUCGAAACUGGUUUGUUGUGGAAGUACAACCACACCCAUUUUCCCGACAGUUACCCAAUGGCAUUACGGAGAUUGAACGCGCUGAUGAAGCGAUUUAGCAAGAAUUCGGCUCUCGGAGCAAGAGUAAAAAAGCAGAUCGAAGAGUACGAAGCGAAAGGGUACGCACAUCGUAUUACGCCGGCAGAGCUCCAAGCAACAGAACGGAGUAAGGUUUGGUACCUACCUCUAGGCGUGGUACAGAAUCCGAAGAAGCCAGAUAAGCUACGGUUGAUUUGGGAUGCUAAGGCGAGAGUUGGAGGAACAUCAUUCAACGACAUGUUGUUGAAAGGUCCGGAUCUUCUGGUGGGACUGAUGUCAAUACUGCUCAGAUUCAGACAGAGAAACAUCGCCAUAGUAGGAGACAUAAAGGAGAUGUUCCACCAAAUCAGAAUAAGACACGAGGAUAAACAAGCACAGCGCUUCCUAUUUCGACAGGAUCCAGAGUCGGUACCCCAGAUAUACGUAAUGGACGUUGCUACAUUUGGUGCAACAUGCUCGCCAUGUCUGGCGCAGUUCAUCAAAAACAAAAAUGCCAACCAUUUCACGGAAUCAUUCCCUCGGGCGGUGAAAGCUAUCACGGAAAACCACUACGUGGACGAUCUUUUGGACAGCGUAGAUACGGUAGAAGAAGCAGUGAAGUUGAUCAACGAAGUGAAACAAAUCCACUCGUAUGCUGGUUUUGAAAUCCGUAAUUUCUGUUCCAAUUCGGCAGCAGUUCUUGGUAGUAUCGGGGAACCGGGGGCCCCAGCGGAGGUAUCCUUAAAUCUUGAAAAUAAUCUUGGGACAGAGUGUGUUCUUGGAUUGGUUUGGAGACCGACUGAGGACGUAUUCACCUUCGACCUGAGCUAUAUGAAGGAAGAAAUUAAGAAGCUGAUUUCAGAUUCAGUGGCACCCACCAAACGUCAGAUUCUGCGUACCGUGAUUGCAUGGGAAGAUUCUUAUGCAGCAGAUCUGGAGAUGCGGAACAGCUAUGCCCUCGAAGACGUCGAGGCCCAUUUAUUUGUGGAUGCCAGUGAGGCGGCUUGUGCUGCAGUUUUGUAUUUACGAUGCAUUCAGAACAGUGUUCCCAAAUGUGCUCUAAUAGCGGGCAAAACAAAAGUCGCUCCGCUAAAACCGAUCUCUGUACCCCGUUUGGAGCUGCAAGCGGCUAUGAUAGGAACGAGGAUGAUGGACUCUGUGUUGCGGUCUUUGGAUAUCCAUGUUAGCAGGCGAUAUCUCUGGUCUGACUCCUCCACCGUGCUUUGUUGGUUGCGAUCCGAUAGCCGCCGAUAUCAUCAGUUUGUGGCUGUCCGAGUGAGGGAGAUCCUCACGUUAACCAAUACGAAUGAGUGGCACUCGAAAAUAAAUAUCGCCGACGCAGCCACGAAAUGGAAAGAAGGCCCCAACUUCGAUCCGAACGAUUCGUGA